UAGCGGCUGACGAGUGGACCGUAAGGCGGAAACGGGAGAAAGGCCGUAUUGUUAAAGCGGUCGGUUAGUUAGAAAGGGCGGAAGAGCCACCCGGGACCGGGUUUAGUUUGCUAGAUUAGCCAGCUGACAGUCUGCGGAGCUGAGAGCCGGACGGGGCGGUGCGGAAGUUCUGCGCAGCUAAAGUGAGGAAGGGGUCCCCGCUUCUCGUAAGAACGUAAGCCGGGGGAGGGUAGUAUGCAGGCGGUCCACGGUCUGGUAAGAAGCGCCGGUGAUGGAGCUCCGAGCGCUAGUACCGCGUCUAAAUGCGGUGCAAGAUGCGGCGAAGAGGAGCCGGAGGAGCUGAACCUGAGGGUGUCCGCUCUCCGCGAGGGUAACGGGGACGAGGACUCGGAGGCAGAGUCGUACCGAGACGGACGGACCGGUGAAGUGGACCGCGAGACCCGGGCCCGGGCUUUCGCCUGGUGCCGAGACUUUCUCUCCGGGUCGUGGAAAAGUAUCGCAGAGGCGGACUUUCAGAUCAGCAUAGUGAGUGGAGGACUCAGCAAUCUGCUCUACAAAUGUAGUUUGCCUGAUCACAUUAAGCCGGUUGGGGUGGAGCCCUCACGAGUGCUGCUCCGUAUCUAUGGAGCCAUUUUACAGGAAGUGGAAUCCUUGGUGUCUGAGAGCGUGAUGUUUGCCAUUCUAGCGGAGCGAAAGCUGGGUCCUCGUCUCUACGGCAUUUUCCCAGAGGGCCGUCUGGAGGAGUAUCUUCCUAGUAAGCGAUUGCACACGGAGCACCUGCAGGUACCAGACAUCUCCGCUGAAAUAGCCUGUAAGAUGGCACGCUUCCACCGCAUGGUCAUGCCCGUCAAUAAGGAACCAAGAUGGCUCUUUGCAACUAUCGACAAGUACAUGAAAAAAAUAAUGAAUACUACAUUUGAACGUGAGGCUCACAUCAAGAAGUUCAAGAAGCUGAUGAAGUAUGACCUUCCUGCUGAGCUAGCAAGUCUGAGAGCACUGCUGGCAGCGACUCCUUCACCCGUGGUGUUCUGUCACAAUGACGUUCAGGAAGGUGAGUGUAUAUACACUCACUCACCCUUAUGGAACAUCUUGAUGCUGGAUGGCCGAGACCGGAACUCAUCCGAUAAGCUGAUGCUCAUAGACUUUGAGUACAGCAGCUACAAUUACAGGGGUUUUGAUUUUGGGAAUCAUUUCUGUGAGUGGGUGUAUGAUUACACUCAUGAUCAGUGGCCCUUUUUUAAGGCGAACCUGGACAACUAUCCAAACAGGCAACAGCAGCUGCACUUCAUCAGAAACUACUUGUCAGAAUGUGAAGAUAAUGUACCUGAAGACCAAGCCAAGAUAGAGGAGGAUAUUAUUAUUGAGGCAAACAGGUAUGCCCUUGCUUCUCAUUUCCUUUGGGGUCUGUGGUCCAUUGUUCAAGCCAGAAUCUCCAAAAUUGAAUUUGGAUACAUGGAUUACGCCCAGCACAGGUUUGACUCCUACUUCAAGCAGAAAAAGCUCUUAGCCUAACUCCGCUCUCAGAGUAAAGCUUUCCAGAAGGAUCAUGCUCCAAUGGAGUGCCUCUGAUACCUCAUUUCUCUUAAUUCAUUUCCUUUUUUUAUUUCUGUUUUCACUUGGCAUUGAAAUAAUCUGCAAACGGUUCCAGUGUAGAAUAUGGAAAAUGAUUAGAUGAUUUCGUACUGAUCUGCAGUAUUUCAUUUCAAUACAUUUCUUUUACCUGUUUGAAGCAUAUCAUUCUAAUGAUGAUCCAAAAUGAAGCACUUGUCGUCAUGAGCAUAUGCAAAAAUGUAUUUUAAAAUAUUUUUGUAAUUCGUGUCACUGUAUUUUAUUUAUUUUAAUAGUUCUGGGCUUUUAACGAAAGCUCCACAUUCUUACAUGUUAACUGUGUGUGUGUUAAAGGUGUAUGUGAGAGGAAGGUUUGUUCUUUUAAGCUUUGUACUCGAAUUGUAUCCAUCUGUCCAAUCCUUCAGUUUAGUUUAGUAUAAACAGAAGGGUCCAAACUUGGUAUUGGUAUGUUUAUAUCCUGGUUUUAGCCGCUGUGGUAUGUCUGCUUUGCCUCUAGUCUGCAAACCAGAGGCUUUGAGAAGCACACUGUGUUAAUUGUGCUAGUUUUGUGUAGUGCAAGAAUUUGAUCAGAUGAAAAUGAGGACCAUGCACACACUUUAUAAUACUUUACCACAGUACCAAAGUCACUAGUCAUGUUCAGUUUCUUCAUCUUCUUCCUGAUUUGACUGUUACCUUAAUUUGUAUUCCUACUAAUAAGUAAUUCUUGAGAAAAAAAAAAAAUAUCCUUGCAGUUUCAUACUGGUUAGUAUACCACCAUCCAUAUGUUGACAUGAAUAGGAACAAUAUUUUAUUACUGUAUUAUCAGUAAGUCUCUGCUUAAGCAGUACUCUUUGCUCUAGCCUGCAGUAGUUCAUACUGGGCCUAAAACUGUGGAACUGAGCAAACAUCUUUGAGCUGUAGUUAGACUGAAGAUACAACUUUAACACUUUCAGGUGUACCACCACCAAAUAUCUGAAAAAGAAUUUGUUGAAAUCUAAACAUCUGAAAAAAAGAUCUGUAUGAGAAUAUGUAUCAGUAUGAAUGCUUUAAUGAAUGCUGUUUACAGUAAUUUCUCUCUAAUGCCUUCUAAAUAAUACAAAGCCUGUUUGCUUGCCUAUAUUAAUGUGUGAGAAGCAUGUGUUCAGCUAGUUUUCUAGCUCAUCUGUAGACCUAAGCCGCCAUCUUCUUAUUUAUGUUGUCAGUUUCCCAGAGAAGGAUUAACCCUGGUUUUGGACUACACAGCAUUUUUAAAUUGAAAUUAUCCAUUGAUCAGAAAAUAUAUUAUAUGACUAUACUAUAUGUCUGUAUAGCCUUAAUUUCUGUCUAGAAACUGAACAGACCAAUUCUUGAAGUGAAUGCAUACUUUUGUGUAAUUUUGUUUGUCCUUAUUUAUUGAUCUUUUCCAAUGUUCCAAAGUUAAGUAUUUUGUGAAUACCAAAUGUGAAGUCAAUUAAAUGUUGCACAACCAAAAAUUUAAAACUCAAGAUCUACAAAAUGUUAAGAUGUAUCAGUAAAGAUUUGCAAUUAUGAAUGGAAACUAAUACAAAGCAACCUAGUUUAAUAGACAAUGCUUAUUUAACAGUAUUUGGCUCUGUUAAUGCUCUUAUGAUUGGUCCCUUUUCUCAAUGACUGAAUGUCUACGUUAUCUUCACCUUCAUGAUGACACUGGCUUGAUCUGACCCCAUUAUUCAUAUCUCAAACAUACUGAGAAGGGACCAUGUGAGUAUUGGUUUGGGUCGAGUGGGUGAAGAUAUGCUUUGGAUAUUUAUUUGUGUUUAUAGUGUCUGUUUAAUAAUAUUUUGUUUUGCUGUCUGAAUGAAAUGUUUUGCCAUUUUUGUUUCUGUUUUUCAUAUAAUCCAUGUGUCUUGCCAGCAGGCAUUCAAUCCCCAAUAAAAUAGGAAAGCAAAA